UAUUUUUCAACAAAUAGUAGAUCGAAUCUAUGGUGGGGUUUCCUGGGAAUAGAAAUUGUGGAUUGUACUUUUCCUGGAACUGGUUUUAAAACAUGUUUGUUCAAUUUAGGAUUCAGUUCGACACUACUAUUCCUCUUUCUUCUUCAAAUUCAUCCGAAUUCACUGUUCAAAUUAGGCCUCUUUGUAAAAUAUGCUUUGUUCUAUUUUAAUGAUUUGUGAUUGUUAAAGCAGGAAAUAUCUCUCUCUAGGGUUCUUGUUUUGGGGGAAGGGAAUGCAUUAUGUAGGUUUUUAAUGAGUGAGCUGAAACUCCUGUUUGAAAACAUGGAAAUUUAAGAUCAUUGUGGAAGGUUCUGGGUGAUGGCCAGUUCAAAACCUGUAAGUGCUGAGGGAGAGACUAUGGCUGUGGAUGCUGCACCAAGGAGGCCCCGAAUUCUGCUUGCUGCCAGUGGGAGUGUUGCUGCUGUCAAAUUUGCAAAUCUGUGUCAUUGUUUCUCUGAAUGGGCAGAUGUAAGAGCAGUUGCCACAAAUGCAUCUUUGCAUUUCAUUGAUAGAGCUUCAAUACCAAAGGAUGUAACUUUAUACACUGAUGACAAUGAAUGGUCUAGUUGGAUGAAACUUGGUGAUAAUGUGCUUCACAUUGAGCUUCGCAAAUGGGCUGAUAUCAUGGUCAUUGCUCCAUUAUCAGCAAACACCCUUGGCAAGAUUGCUGGAGGGUUGUGUGACAAUCUACUGACAUGCAUUGUGCGAGCCUGGGACUACAGCAAGCCAUUUUUUGUUGCACCAGCCAUGAACACUCUAAUGUGGAACAAUCCUUUCACCGAGCGGCAUCUCAUCGCCAUUGAUGAGCUUGGAAUUUCUCUCAUCCCACCUGUUACAAAGAGGUUAGCUUGUGGAGAUUAUGGCAAUGGUGCCAUGGCUGAACCCUCUACCAUUUACUCAACUGUAAGGCUCUUCUAUGAGUCAAAGGCUCAGCAAGGUUCAGUUUAUAUUUGGCCCUCUUGAUAAUAGAGUGGCAUAGCAGGAACAAAGCAGAGGAACUUGAGAAGUUACGGGAUUCAAAUAGUAAAGUGCUUUUUCAAUAGCAAUUAUUGAAAUUUCCUAAAUGGGUAAAAUAUUUACUCUUGGAACAUCAUUGUUUGAGUUUGCACUAUUUCGUGUUUCUAAGUAAUAUAAAUUGUUUUACUUUAUAAUGUAAAAUAUAUGU